ACAUAUGUAUGGAUAGGUCUGAUUCCAAUAAACAUUUUGAGUGAUUGACAGAAAAGAAAUAUUUUUAAAUGACUGAGUUAUCACUCUUCAAAGUAGCAAUUACAUAUUAUGUAAAUUCAACACAUAAAGGGUAUUUUCAGUUAUACAGUUAUUGUAAAAAAAAAAGUUCUAUGCAUAGAUGUUUUUGUUGUUGUGACUUAUUGCCUUAUUCAAAGCUCUAAUUAUGUCAUAUGACAUAUUUGAAAUUACUUUGUUUUUAUAUAUAUAUAUAUAUACAGUGGCGGAGAUAGACUUUUAUUCUUGGGGUGGCCGAGGCUAUUUCAGGGGGUCCACAGACUAUAACAAUACAUUUGUUUCUUGACUUAUCAAUUGCAAUCAGAGUGUCAAAUGUUGAAAUGUACAUACUAAGCACACAGGUGAUGAGAUUUAUGUAUAUAAUUUGUUUAUUAACUUGAUAAUAACUAUUUUUUACAAAAAUGGUGAAAAUGCACCACCACAUUCACAGUUACUCAUACAACCCCCCCCCCCCCCCCCCUUUCUCUCUUAUCAACAUCUUAAUGAUGUAAAAAAUGUAAAACACAACUUGGUAACAACUUUUCAAUCAGUCAUUAAUAAUAACUAUUUUUUUACAAAAAUGGUGAAAAUGCACCAACACAUUCAAAGUUACUCACACGACCCCCCACCCCCCACACUUCUCUCUUAUCAAUAUCUUAACGAUGUAAAAAAAAAAUGUAAAACACAACUAGGUAACAACUUUUCAAUCAGUCAUUAAUAAUAACUAAUUUUUACAAAAGUAGCGAAAAUGCAACAACAUAUUCAUAGUUACUCACACACACAGCAGGCCCGGCCAACUACCGUUUUCACGUGACGUUUCAUUUAAGGCAGGGGUCGGCAACCUAUGACACGCGUGUCAGCACUGGCACGCGAAGGGUUAACCAGUGACACGCGAGCGCAUGGCAAAACAAAACAACAACAAAAAUGCGUGUUAUGUUUAUUGUCAGUUGUAUCUUUAUCAGUUGCUGAAGCGCCCCAUCUUGUGGCCGUUUUAUUUAUUGGUUCUAAAACAGUAGAAGAAAAAUGCAAAUAGGAAGUUCUUCAAAUGUGAUUCAGUGUGUUACAUGGCAGCUCCACUCUCACAACUUCUGUGGCAUUUGUGUUUGUUAGAGCAACGUCUGUGAGUAUUUUGUUGUCAAAUUGAGAAUUUCACUCUUUAUAUUGUCUUUAGGUUGCAUGUUUGAGGGGAAAUGUGUUUGAUAUUUCUAAUUAAGAACUACUGAAUACAGGCUAAUUGUGUUUGCAUAUAUGGAUGGCAUUUAUGUUAUUUGCAGCAUUGUUGCUGAUUGCAUGUAUUUUUUCAUUGUUUUAGUCUCACGGAGUGUGAACGUUUUCAUGUUUAGCUGCUUGGAUAAGCGGAAGCGAGCCCAUUUACAAUGCGCCUUUUUACCGGAAAUCAAGGCAUUUUCAGAUGCGCGCCCUGUUAUUUAGGGGCUUUACGGGAGCGCCCCAGUCACCCACUCUGCCUGUGGCGUUAUAUGCGAGCAGUCAUGGAUUUUGAGCACACCUCCAGCUCUUCCUCUAUUUCUCGACUCCUGCGCUUGUCGGAUUUUUUUCUCUGCGCGUUUAAUUCAGCCCACGCUACUAACGUGUCACGAAGCCGACCAAUCAGAGAGCUGGCGGAAGUACACUGUGUUACUAAUUGCACUUUUUGGUAAUUGCAGUGGUUUCAACUCUGCACCGUAGUGUGUAGUAGAAAGGCGAUUAACGUGGCUUGUUGUCAUCGAUUCGCCCGGUGCUUACUUCAGAGAGGUGGUGAUGUGUAUAAAAACACAGUGACACGUUGGAUGGCAUUUUGCUGGAGACUUUUAUUAACAAAACCAAAACCAUCAUGGGACACAGCCACUUUUCAAGGCGCUCUUCGCACAACUCUCUCUCUCAACACCUUGUUUCGCUGCCUCUCUUUUUCUCACCCUUAACUAGUAAGCCGGUCAAACUGUCGGGGACAGCGGCCCCUUGGGGAUGCCGGUAACAACUGGUUGGCUGGUUACUUCCGCUAGCUCUGUGCAUUAUGCCUCAAGAGCGUUGUGUGUGUGUGUCACACAACAAGUGUCAAACGCCACUAUGAGACAAAACAUGAAAAUUCAUGGAAAACAGGGCCAGGGAUCACAUUAAGGUAGGCAUCUUUUGUAUUUGUUAUAUAAAAUCUAAAAUUGUGCAUGGAAUUCACUGUUAGUGAACAAGACAAAGUAGUCGCCUCUUCUGACUUUGAAGGUUAAAACAGCCCGCUCUGUACUGUGAGAGACCUGCACUGAGAAUCACGCUUGUUCCCGUUUUCUUGCUGGGUUGUGUGUGUGUGAUAUGUUUACAUAAGAUGAUGCUCAAGUUUUGAUUUUUUCUACAAUAUACAUUUAUUUUUUUCGUUAUUUGAUAAAGAAUGGUAGUUGUAAGAUUUCAACGUAUGUUCAUGUUGUUUUCUUUGGAGUAAAAUUACAGCUCUGUUGAAUAUAAAAAUUCAGAUGUGCGUUAUUAAUCUUGGUGUGGCACACUGAUUGACAAGAAAAUUUGAAAGUGGCACGCCACACCAAAAAGGUUGCUGACACCUGAUUUAAGGAAAGAGAGCAUGAGACAGCUGGCUAAUGCUCUACAAUUAUUGGAGAAACAUGUAUGUAAAUAGCGACCCAAAUGAAUUAAAUAUAGACGUUAAUAUCGAGCGGUUGUUGGAAGCUGGACGACAUGAGAUAACGUUAACGUUUGCUUGAUGCCUUGGCUCUCUGUUUUAGCGACAACAAAAAAUCUCCUUCCUACAAAUUUAAACAUUGACUCAUUAGAUAUCAGCAUAAAACUUACAUUACGACGAGAAUUUCAGUGGCUUUAAGGCAGGGUAUCCAAGUUCGUCUCCUUGUUUGUUCUUGUCACUUUGUUUAUCUUCCGUGUUCCGUUCCGUCAACGAUGACCAAGUACUCAAAUCUCAAAUCUUCCUCCGUUUCAGUGGCGAUUCUUCUUCUCCUCAUGAAAGCGAAUUUGCAACGCCUUAUGGUACAUAGCGCCAACUACUGUACAAGAAGGACUUAGCAGUCGGUGCCGCGAUAUGUCAUUGUCAAUCAUCUGGGGUGGCACCUGGGGGGUCCAAUCAGAUUUUAGGGGGGUCCAGUGCUACCCCGGCCCCCCCUCUAGCUCCGCCACUGUUUCACAGGCCAUAAUGACUUCAAUUCACAAACGCUUCUCAUAUUACACCCACGACUCAGACAUGCAUGGCACUCAUUUCCUGUACUCACUGCUUUCUGCAUAAUGUAGAUACUCUACAAUUCAAGAGGCUCAUCAUUAGGAAGACAGUUGGCACGUAUGCCUUACAUGCAUAAAUAUAUACAAUUUACCUUGGGCGAUAUUUGAAUAUUAUUAGCCUCUCUAUCAGUGUUGUUUUCGUCAACGACGACGACAACAAAAACAUUUUGUUAACGAACAUUUUUUUUAUGACGAUGACGUAAUGAUGACGUCAUGAAAACGCGUCAUGGAUAACUACAACGUGACGAAAAGGUUAGCAGUUUACGUCUGACGAGACAAGAACAUGAAAAUGCGCCAUCUUUUCUGUCAUAUGUUCACAAUGCGUGACAUUUGAGAGCUGUGUGUUUUUUUUUGUUGUUUUUUUUUUUUAAUUGUGCGCGUACUAGUCAGAUUGCUUCUGCGCCAUGUUUUGCCUCGUUCACGUGACGUGCCGAGCGCUGCGCGCGUGCCCAAACUACACCAAGGCAGUGAGUGCACAAGAACGGUGGCCUUGGCCUACUAUCAUUCAACAAUGGCAGCUGUAAGAUCGCUUGGUGGUCGGAAACAGCGCGAGGAUUUGUGGUCUCAUUUUAAAUAUAAUCCCAGUGAAAGAAAAACUCAAUGCACUGUCCCCGUGGGUGAGCAAGGGCAGAAGUGUGGCUAUAUACUUGGUGGAAAAAAUACCACGAACCUAAAGUGGCACCUCAGAGCUCGGCACGCUCAUAUUUAUGCGAAGGUAAGUUGUUACAACUCUUUAAGUUUUAAGACAUCCUAGACCUGUAAUUUUAUUCAAGCAAAUGGUCUGUUAUAAUUUUAAUAUACUAUAUAUUUUCCACAUUUUUGGCGUAAAUGGAGCGCCAAGUUUAGGCUAAUAUUUUAUCUUACUUGCGCUGCUGUUAUUGAGCCUUUACGUGCAAACAACGUGCAGCCUGCUAACAGUAUGUAUGGGGAGAACAUUUGGCCAUAUUGGAGCACACAGUAUACGCUUUAACCUGCAAUUGGACGGUCUAAAACUUAGGGUAAAGACGUGAUGCUGUGCAACAUAUUUGUCCAUGUGUCCAAAGUUCCAAACAAUGACAGUCUCUCUUUUUAUACAUUGUCUACAUUUUUUGUAAAUUUUGGAAUUUCUCAUCUUAAAUCAAAGACAAAGCAUAUUAAAAAAAACACCAGAGAGCUGCCAUUUCCAGGGGGUGUCUAAAAUGUCCUGAAUUUCAAAAUGCCACCUGCUGAGCUUUCUAAGGCAUUGCAGCAAUGAGAUUUUACUUUUGAUACUGAAACAUAGCAUUUUUACAUUUUUUGUAGCAUAGAAACCCAUUAUAAUUCCAAUUUUUGAAUGCAUUGUAAACCUAAUGUGCAAAAAUGCAUUUCCCGCAAUUACCACAUCAAUUGCUUUAUUUACACUUGUUCAGACGUAUGCAUGCCAAUUUUUUGGGUUGAGAGCAUUUACACCCCUUCACCAUUAGGUAACGCCAGAGGCUCGCAAAUGAUUUUGCCUUUUUGCAGCCGGCUGCAAAAUUUUGCAUCUUUGUUCAACAAUUCCGGUCGGGAUUUUAGUAGGGCUUGGUGGGGACCUCCAGAUAUGACUGGCCGAGUUCUUUUUCAAAAAAUAAAGUGUUAGUUUGAAUUUUGUACGUCUACGCAAUACGCAUGCGUGUGAGCGUCUUUAGUUCAAACGGAUGUUCUGCAUAGAGAUUGGCUCAGAUUUUAAAUUCAAAGGUUACGUUUUGAGUUACGUUUUUGAAUCUCAACUAUGAUUGGUCCGCCUCGUGUUUGAAUUUAUUAGCCCGCAAUGUUUUUGAAUCUCAACUAUGAUUGGUCCGCCUCGUGUUUGAAUUUAUUAGCCCGCGAUUGGUCAUGCUCCGAUUGGUAGAAAGAGGAGGCGCUCCUCUUCUUACACAGCGUCAUAUAGCGAGCGUCAGGAUGACAGGAGUCAUAAUAGUCGGGUCGGAUCCAUCGGGCAGCGCCGAUCAUACUUAUGGAACUCGGAAAACAAAAAAGUGAUAUGCCAUCCAACCAACGAAGUGGCUGGACAUUACGUCCCUGCGCGAAUCCCCACGCCUGGCCCCACGUUGUAUGCAGUAUGAUGCCAGAUGAGCAGUCGGGAGACGGCGUUUGCGUUGUUUGUGAACCAGGAGAUCGUCGCGAAAAUAGUCGCAAUGACCAACAUCCAAGGGCUCCGAUCGCUCAAGAACUGGUCUCCCCUCACGCCUUAAGACCUGCGCGCGUAUAUCGGACUGCUUAUCCUGGCUGGAAUGUACCGCUCCAGGCAUGAAACGACGAGCAGCUUGUGGGGCGUCAAGACCGGGCGUUCGACGUUCCCCGACGCCAUGGCUCAUCGGGGGUUCAUGGAGAUCAACCGAAUGCUCCGGUUCGAUGAUAAGCUGCUCAGACGUCAGCGGUACCAUGCAAGCAAACUGUCGCCGAUUUAAGAUUUGUGGAUCAGCUGGAUUUUCCGGCUGCAGGAAAUGUAUAACGUGGGACGUGACGCGUGCGUGGACGAACAGCUAAUUGCCUUUAGAGGACGCUGCAGCUUCAAACAAUCUAUGCCGUCAAAGCCCGCAAAGUAUGGCAUUAAGAUUUGGGCCCUCUGUGACGCUCGAACCUCCUACGCAUCAAAGCUGGAGGUCUACACCGGCAACCCUACAGGGGGGUUGAACACAACGUGGGAUUGCUUGUGGUGCAGGGACGCACUGACUGAUUGCUUUAUAUAAAUUCUGUUAUAAAUUCUUCAUAGCUGUUGUGACUUUCCUUUUCAAGGUUAUAGUGUAUGGAUAGCUCUGACUCCAGAGAACAUUUUGAGUGGUUGAAAGUAAAAAAAUAUUCAUAAAUGACUUAGUUAUCACACCUCAAAACAUUUACAAUUAUUGUAAAAAUUGCAUGUUUAGGGGUAUUAUACACAAAAAUGGCCAUCACAAAAAAUAGGCAUGCAUUAAAAAAAAUUGUUAUAACUCAUUGACCUUUUCAAGGCUCUAAUUGUGUGAUAUGAAAUUUUCCAAUUCAUGUUUCACAUAUAUAUGUAUGCAGCAUAGUUUGUUUUGGUUAUAGCACAGUACUGCUUUUAUUGUCCAUAGAGGGCAAAACAUACAAAUAAAAAAAUAAAAACUAUAUAUGUAUGGAUAGCUCUGAGGCCACUGAAUCAUUUUGAGUGGUUGAAUGUAAAAAAAUAUUUAGAAAUGACUUAGUUACAAUUACAAUUAUUGUAAACAAUUGUAUGUUUAGGGGUAUUAUACACAAAAACGGCCAUUGCCAAAAGUGGGCAUGGAUUUAAAAAAAUCUGUUGUUAUAACUCUUUGACCUUUUCAAGGCUCUAAUGGUGUGAUAUGAAAUUUUCCAAUUUAAUUUUCUUUUAUACAUAUAUAUCCAACAUAGUUAGUUUUGGUCGUAGCACAGUACUGCUUUUAUUGUCCACAGAGGGCAAAAAAUACAAAUAAAAGAAUAAAAACUAUAUAUGUAUGGAUAGCGCUGAAGCCACUGAAUCAUUUUGAGGGGUUGAAUGUAAAAAAAUAUUCAGAAAUGACUUAGUUAUCGCACCUCAAAACAUUUACAAUUAUUGUAAACAAUUGUAUGUUUGGGGGUAUUAUACACAAAAACGGCCAUUGCCAAAAAUGGGCAUGGAUAAAAAAAAUUCUGUUGUUAUAACUUUUUGACCUUUUUAAGGCUCUAAUUGUGUGAUCUGAAAUUUUCCAAUUUAAUUUUCUUUUAUACAUAUAUAUCCAACAUAGUUAGUUUUGGUCGUAGCACAGUACUGCUUUUAUUGUCCACAGAGGGCAAAAAAUACAAAUAAAAGAAAACUAUAUAUGUAUGGAUAGCUCUGAAGCCACUGAAUCAUUUUGAGGGGUUGAAUGUAAAAAAUAUUCAGAAAUGACUUAGUUAUCGCACAUCAAAACAUUUACAAUUAUUGUAAACAAUUGUAUGUUUAGGGGUAUUAUACACAAAAACGGCCAUUGCCAAAAAUGGGCAUGGAUAAAAAAAAUUCUGUUAUUAUAACUCUUUGACCUUUUCAAGGCUCUGAUAGUGUGAUAUGAAAUUUUCCAGUUCAAUUUUGUUUUAUACAUAUAUAUCCAACAUAGUUAGUUUUGGUCGUAGCACAUUUUAUACAUAUAUAUCCAACAUAGUUAGUUUUGGUCGUAGCACAGUACUGCUUUUAUUGUCAAUAGAGGGCAAAAAAGUACAAAUUAAAAAUAAAAACUAUAUGUGAAUAGAUAGCUCUGAUGCCACUGAACAUUUUGAGUGAUUGAAAGUAAAAAAAUAUUCAGAAAUAACUUAGUUAUCACACUUAAAAAACGUUUACAAUUUUUGUAAAAAUUUGUAUGAUGCGUAAAUUUUUUUUUUUUGCUAACACAAGCACAUUGGCUGUGUGCUACAUGGGAUUAUCGUAACAGUCAGUAGUAACGGAGCCCAAUUUAGAUGUUUUCUUGAUUGAUAAUUUUAUAGUUAACUCAUUCAGUGCAAUUGACGAUUUUCAUCCUUCUGAAGUGAAGUUCAGUCAGUUUAUAGUUUAUAGUGGGCUAAUAUAGAUACAUAUAGCAUGUCUUUCCUUCACUAUAAGGCAUAUAUAAGCCUUUUUUGUGUUUUUGCGGGUCCAGACAUAUUUGUACUUUGUUAUUUUCGUCCAAUAUGGCUCUUUCAAUAUUUUGGGUUGCCGACCCCUGAUCUAGUGGAUGUGUAACGCAACCCGACCACCACUACAAGUUUUAAACAGUUUUUAAAUAGGCCAUUCAUUGAAGGUGUGCCUUAUAGUGUGAAAACUACGGUAAUUUCAGUACAUUAUAGUCCUUUUAUCAAACAGAAUUUUUUUUUUUUUAAGAACUCUGUAAUAAAGACCAUUUAAAUAUUCAAAAUUUUGUUGUGCACACACUCCAACUUGUGGUGAACAUGGUUCACAAAGAGCCAAGCAUAAAGAGACUUCUAAGCAAAGCUCGGCAGCUUGUCAAGCUCUUUCGCAAGUCAUCCGUCGCAACUGAAAGACUGCUACAAUCCUGUCAACUUACUCUGGUCAAAGACUGCCCUACUAGAUGGUCUAGCACAUAUCUCAUGAUCACACGCCUUCUCCAAAUCAAAGAAUCAGUUGCUCAGGUUGCAGAUGGGUUGAACUGGGACUAUCUCAUGCUGACAGCUCUGAAAGAAUUACUCGUUCCCUUUGCUGAGCAUACUAAAAUGCUACAGAAUGACGCACAGUCUUUAUCCUUGGUGUUGCCUGCACUUCUGGACCUCCAGGUUCACUUGUCUGUGUUCCCCUAUGCCCAAGGAUCUAACUUUAAGGACCUAGCAUGCCUUGCAAAAAACAAAUGAAGGCAAACAUGAACAAUUGUUUCAGCUAUUUCCUUGAUCCCACAAACUCCACGUUUUCUCCACUCAGCACAGCUGCAUGCCUCCUUGACCCUAUUGUUGCACCUGAAGCGCUCCUUGAAAAUGAUGAUGAGCCGAUUCAGGUGCUUCUGGGAAAAGCGGAAGAUUUCAUCAUUCAACUGAUACCACCAGUACGAGAUGAGGAGGAAGCUGAGGAUAGCGAUCUUGAGGAGGUAGAUGAUCCCAAACCAGAACCACAGGGAAAGCGGUCCAGGUUUAAAUACUUAUCAAAAUCAAGACCAAGAUCAAAGUUUAUUCGUACAAAGCCAAGUGUCAGGGAGGAAAUAAAAAAAAUCAAGGAUCAGUUGUCAUAGGAGGAAACAAACCAAGAAACCGGACUUCAAUUUUGGGCUACACAAUCAGAUUCUAUUUAUCCAAACCUAAAACCCAUUGCCUUAGAUCUCCCAUCCAUGCCAGCCUCACAAGCAUUUGCUGGGAGAGUCUUUAGUAUAACAGGUGAUCUUAGUCGAGGCCAUCGAAACAGAGCUCGUAUAAUUUUAAAGAGAAGUGCCUUCCUCAAACUGAAUAAAGUUCGUUAAGAUCUUUUAGCUGACAGUCGGUGGUUGUUUAUGCACAGAAUGUUAUUGCAGUGCAAUUUGGACUUCUGAGAGGGCCAGGAGUAUUACUAACGUAGCAUUAUUGUUGCAUUGUUUUGUAUUGUACACUAAGUUUGUACUGUUGUCAGAGUUUGGCUUUGGCCUUUUUAUUAUUAUUAAUAUAAUAUUAUUGCUGCAUUGCUUUGUAUUGUUGUACACUUUGUACAGUUAUCAGAGUUUGGCUUUGCCCUAUUAUUAUUUAAGUUCUAAACUUGGUAUGUCUCCUACCUCCCUGCACAUCAGGAUUUUUUUUUUUACUGCAGAUUUCUGUGAAAUAAAGCCAGUGUUGUGAAACUAACUGUUUACUCAUGUGUCAAUGUUUAUUUCAAAUUGUUGGAUUUAAAAAAUAUAUAUAUAUUAUUAAACCUUGUGUAUCCGUCAACUAAUAUUAGACAAAAAUAUUUUUGUUUCGUCAUCUAAAACUACACUAAAACUGGUUUAAAUAUUCGUUGACUAAAACUAGACUAAAACUAACACAUUUCGAAAUGCCUAAAAUAUGACUAAGACCAACAAGUAUUUUUGUCCAAAAGACUAAGACUAAAAUUAAAAGGGCUGCCAAAAACAACACUGCUCUCUAUGCUCCGGUCAGUAGUUGUGAAUGGAAUGUUGCUUGGAAAUAAGUAAUAAAUUCACGAUAUCAAUGUAAUAAACUCUUGACAAAUUAAAGCUACACCCCACCUCUUAACCUUCCUCUAAAUGUGGUAGGCCCCAGGAUCCCAAAUAGAGUCUACCCACGCACCACGUGUUCGCUGUAGGGUUCCGCCCACUUGUCCGUCAUUUUGACUCUGUAUUUGCAUUGUUUUCAAUUGAUGGCGCAAUUUAAAAUGCAUUUCAUGGAAGACCCGGUGCUUUCUGAUGCCGCAAACUCACUGGAUCUGUUGCAUAAAAGGCGUUAUGAGGAAAAGCUUCGUUCUAUACAGUCGCCAGAUCCAUAUUUGAUGCCCAAAUCGAUGUUUUUCGACCCACUGUCUUCGCCCUGUCUGCCUGACAUCUGCUACGCUGAUAUUUAAAAUGAUCUUGUCCACACAAAAUCAGCCUAUUCUCACGAAAAACUUCAAGAGCUUGGACGCUUAUAAAUACUUCGUUGCUGGUUGGGUGAAACAGGUCCUCGUUUGGCAGGAAUCUAUCUUGUGCUUGGAAAGGUGAGUUACGAAAUUUUCAAUUCGAAUUCUUUUGUUAUUGCUAACAUCCACUGUCAAGUCUAAUGUAUUUCAUGUCGUUUGUCAAUGGAGUUAAGGCUUUUAAUGUUUAUAUGGUUUAGCGAUAGCACGCACAACAUACAUACGUGUAUGUUGUCGGCGAUUAGCCUAGCAAUGAUCUUUAUUGUGGUUAUUUGUCAGCCCCGUAGACGAGGCCAGUUUCCCUCACUUGGUACCAGCUAAAUAUUAUUCAAAAAAUAACGAUGGUGGAAGAAAGGGAAGUCACAAACAUCUUGAAUUUGAAACUAUGUCGUACUACGUCGUAUGUUGUCGGCGAUUAGCCUAGCAAUGAUCUUAAUUGUGGUUAUUUGUCAGCCCCGUAGACGAGGCCAGUUUCUUUUUGUCAUAUUUGUGUGUGUUCUCAGCUCUUUUUUUCUUUAUGCAGCACCUGAUCGAGUCAGAUUGGCGGGGUAAUGCGACACACCUGUGCUUGAUUAGGAAAGCUCAGUAUUUAAGGAAACCUGUCACCAUCUGCAAGUGUCGGACUAUUGCUUGCUACUUGCCUUGCUUACCGCCUGUGUGUUCAUCGUCAGCCUUUGAGUUUCCCGACGUUCUACGGUCGUAUUUUGGUUUGGUCAUCUUUAGUUUAGUGCUCUUUUGGGCUUUGUAGUUUGAUUCUUGUACUCUGUUAUAUUCAUGCAUAUUUCGCAUGCUCCCUUUGUUGUACUUUAUUAUUAUACUCGCGUUUAUUUGCGUGCUCUCUCAGUUUGUUAUAUCCGCAUUUUUCGCGUGCUCCCUUUGUUGUAAUUUAUUAUUACACUCGCGUUUAUUGGCGUGCUCUCUCAGUUUGUUAAACCCGCAUUUUUGGCGUGCUCCCUUUGUUGUACUUAUUAAACACAAACUUUAGCUUUACCUGAUCUCUUGGUCUGUUUUUGGGAUUCACAUCAACGGCUUGCCGUUCUUGACAGAAUAGUCCGACCACAUGGAUCCCACGGACUCGGAGGAUCUUUUCCGUGCUCUCGCUGGUCACGACCAAAUGAUCAGUCAACACGAGCAAUCGAUAUGCAAAUUAGUGGAUGUGAUCAGCUCGCUCACCACAAGAGUUGCGAAUAUGGCUCCGCCUGUAAAACCCGGAGGUAUAAUUGACGCUACCGCGGCGCCCGACCUGCCCGCCCCUCCUCCGAUGAGCCCGCCGGCGUCUUUUCGGGAGCCUAUGUUGCCACACCCUCAUCGUUAUGAGGGAGAGCCAGGUGCUUGCCGACAGUUUUUGCAUCAGUGCUCCCUUAUUUUUGACCAGCAGCCUUUUACGUUUGCUAGUGAUAGAUCCCGUGUAGCUUAUGUAAUGAGUCUCCUCACCGGUAAAGCGGCUACAUGGGCCAUGGCGGUAAGCAACACAAGGCCCGUGGUCCGUAAUUGUUUUGAAACUUUCGAGACUGAGUUCGUGAGAGUUUUUGAUCAUCCGGUUAGGGGCAAGGAGGCAGCCAGCCGCCUGUUGGAUUUUUUUCAGGGCGAUCUGACGGUAGCAGACUACUCUAUUCAGUUUCGCAUUUUGGCCGCGGAGUGCGGUUUUGGAGAAGCGGCGCUGUGUGGGAUUUUUCGGCGUGGGCUGUCUUCUGCAGUGAAGGACGAGUUAGCGGCCCGGGACGAUUCGUCGAAUCUGGAGGACCUGAUUUCCUUGUCCGUGCUUUUGGACAAUCGUCUGAAGGAACGGGAGAGGGAACGUGCCAUGGAGCCUCGGGGACGUCGUUGGUCGUCGUCGCGGAGCAGCCCGACUGCGGUCCAUAAAGACGGCUUCGUCGAGCCGCCGUCCGACUCUACGCCGACGCAGAGUCCAGUCCCGACGGGACGGGAGCCUACACAACUCGGUGGCGGGCGCCUUUCUGCUGCGGAGCGACGGAGGCGGUUGGAGGCAGGCUUGUGUCUCUAUUGUGGCUCGCUGGGACACCCUAUCGCCGCCUGUGACGCUGUUCCUUCGCGUCGACCUGGAUCUUCGGUUCCUGGGGUUCCCCUCGCCCGAGGGGGGCCGAGGUUCGUACAUGACAGCAAUCCGUCAAGUGAGUUGCCCCACGACGACAUAAAGGAACCCAGACACCCCCAAGGCGUUAUGAGACUGCAACUGCCGUGUGAAUUGUCACAUGGUGGGGUUAAUUUUAAGUUUACUGCUCUGAUCGAUUCGGGGGCAGAUGAUUGUUUUGUAGACCAGAGUGUUGUGGACGCUCUUGGCUGUACGUUAAUAAGACUUGCUAGGCCAAAACGGGUUUUAGAUCUCGAUGGGCGACCCCUGGCGGAUAUUAGGUUUAUUACGCCUCCACUCAAAACAAAACUGUCGGGCAAUCAUUUUGAGGUCCGAAGCUUUUUGGUUAUGCCGUGUAAAUCUGCUCCAGUAGUACUGGGGCUCCCCUGGUUGAAAGUACAUAACCCCAAUAUUGACUGGGCUAAAACGCAAAUAGUAACUUGGAGUACUUUCUGUUAUGCACACUGUUUACGGUCGGCGUGUCUACUUCCCGCUCAAGCACACGUGACGACCGAGCCAGUUAAUUUGGUCAAUGUUCCUACUGAUUAUCACGAUCUCAAAUACGUUUUUAGUAAAGAGCAUGCUAUGACCCUACCGCCGCACCGUCCCUACGAUUGUGCCAUUAACUUGCUGCCCAAUGCCCCACUGCCCAAUUCAAGGUUAUAUCAGGUCUCUAAACCGGAGCAGGAGGCAAUGAGGGAAUACAUCUCCUCUUCCUUAGCUGCUGGCCUUAUUCGCCCUUCGUCUUCUCCUUUGGGGGCAGGGUUUUUCUUUGUCGGCAAAAAAGAUGGGGGUCUUAGGCCGUGCGUUGACUACCGGGGUCUCAAUGAGAUUACUAUAAAGAACAAAUACCCCUUACCAUUGUUGGAUUCGGCUUUCGCCCCAUUAAAAUCAGCCACCAUUUUCACGAAAUUAGAUUUGCGCAGUGCUUACCACCUGGUCAGGAUUCGUGAAGGGGAUGAGUGGAAAACCGCUUUCAAAACACCGCUCGGGCAUUUUGAAUACCUGGUCAUGCCUUUCGGUCUGACUAACGCGCCUGCGGUAUUCCAGAGCCUCAUAAACGAUGUGUUACGCGACAUGUUGAAUGUAUUCUGUUUUGUAUAUCUGGACGAUAUUUUAAUCUUCUCAAGAAGCCUGCAGGAACAUCAGCAACAUGUCCGCCUGGUUCUGCAAAGACUUCUGGAAAACAAACUAUUUGUCAAAGCAGAGAAGUGCGAGUUUCACCAGGAUUCAAUACAGUUUCUGGGGUUUAUUGUGGAAAAGGGACAGCUCCGGCCUGAUCCCGCUAAAAUUCAGUCAGUAGCCGAGUGGCCGACUCCAACAUCGCGUAAGCAACUACAAAAGUUUCUCGGGUUCGCCAACUUUUACAGACGUUUCAUUCGUAACUAUAGUAUGAGGGCCGAGCCCCUUACUAGACUAACCUCCAACAAAAGGCCGUUUACGUGGUCUUCGGUGGCAGAGGCCGCAUUUGUAGGCCUUAAACGGGCAUUUACGAGUUCACCUGUCCUGGUCCAUGCUGAUUCUGAUCUUCCGUUUGUGGUCGAGGUUGACGCAUCGAGUUCCGGAGUGGGGGCCGUCCUGUCCCAGAGGUCUACCGUCGACCAGAGACUGCACCCAUGCGCAUUCUACUCCCGCCGCCUCACCCCAGCGGAAGCAAACUAUGAUGUCGGCAACCGGGAGCUACUCGCCAUUGUGCAGGCUUUGCAGGAAUGGAGGCACUGGUUGGAGGGGACUGAAGAGCCGUUCCAGAUACUCACAGACCACAAAAACUUGGAGUACCUUCGGGCUGCCAGACGCCUCAACUCUCGCCAGGCCCGUUGGUCGUUGUUCCUGACCCGCUUUAACUUUGCAAUUACUUACCGUCCAGGGUCAAGGAAUGGAAAGGCUGACGCGCUAUCAAGGAUCCAUGAACCGGUGGAGGAGGGUCCUUCAGAGGAGCCGGUCGUACCUGACCGCCUGAUUGUUGGGGCGCUACGGUGGGAGGUCGAGCGUCUGGUGGAGGAGGCCUUGCGGGGUGUAACGGUGCCUGGAGGCUGCCCCGCUGACAAGUUAUUCGUUCCAGAUGCUCAACGUGCAGGAGUGCUGAAAUGGGGUCACACUUCCAAGUUCGCCUGCCACCCAGGUGUGUCUCGCACUCAUUUUCCAGAGGUUUUGGUGGCCGGGUAUGCGCAGGGACGUCAUGGACUACGUCGCUGCUUGUACCAUCUGCGCUCGAGGCAAGGCGGUUCAUCGUCCCCCAGCUGGAUUGCUGCAUCCACUUCCUGUUCCAUCUCGCCCUUGGUCCCAUGUGGCACUGGACUUCAUCACUGGACUCCCGCGCUCCAAAGGUCUUUCUGUCAUCUUGACUGUGGUGGACCGUUUCUCAAAGAUGGCACACUUUGUCGCACUCCCCAAGUUACCCUCAGCUCUGGAGACUGCUGAUUUGUUGGUGGCGCACAUAUUCCGGGCUCACGGCAUUCCUACUGACCUGGUCUCUGAUAGGGGGCCACAAUUCGUCUCAAAAGUUUGGGGGGCGUUCUGCAAGGCAUUGGGGGCCACGUCAAGCCGGUCUUCUGGUUACCACCCGCAAUCGAAUGGACAGACAGAACGGGUCAAUCAGGAGCUAGAGGCCGCCCUCCGCUGUGUUUGUCAACUGCAUCCAGCCUCCUGGUCAGCACACCUCCCGUGGGUGGAGUAUGCCCACAACACCCUCGUUUGCUCAGCCACCGGGAGGUCACCAUUCAUGACCGCAUACGGAUUCCAACCUCCAUUGUUCCCGUCGCAGGAAGCAGAAGUAGUUGUGCCGUCUGUCCAGGUCCACCUGAGGAGGGCCCAUAAAGUCUGGAGGAACACAAGGGCUGCACUGGUCCGCACGGCAGCACGCAACCGCCAGAUAGCUGACCGCCACAGAAGGCCUGCUCCGGUCUAUCGUCCAGGCGAGAUGGUCUGGCUGUCGUCGAGGGAUUUGCACCUUGCUGGGACUUCUAGGAAGCUGAGCCCUAGAUACGUUGGUCCGUUUGCUGUGGAUGCUGUGGUCAAUCCGGUCUCUGUCAGGCUGAAGCUUCCUAGCUCCAUGAGGGUCCACCCAGUUUUCCAUGUGUCCCUGCUCAAACCGGUCUCCACCUGCCCCUUGAACCCUCCGCCAGUGCCUCCUCCUGCUCCUCGCGUGGUCGACGGUGGGCCGGUGUAUACGGUGCGUACCAUUCUUGAUUCUAGGAGGCGGGGUAGAGGGGUGCAGUACCUGGUCGACUGGGAAGGUUAUGGCCCAGAGGAACGCCAAUGGGUCCCCCGCUCCUGGAUCCUCGAUCCGUCGCUGCUGCGGGAUUUCCACUCCUUUCAUCCCUCGAAACCAGGUGGUCCGCCAGGGGGCGUCCAUUGAGGGGGGGGUUCUGUCAUAUUUGUGUGUGUUCUCAGCUCUUUUUUUCUUUAUGCAGCACCUGAUCGAGUCAGAUUGGCGGGGUAAUGCGACACACCUGUGCUUGAUUAGGAAAGCUCAGUAUUUAAGGAAACCUGUCACCAUCUGCAAGUGUCGGACUAUUGCUUGCUACUUGCCUUGCUUACCGCCUGUGUGUUCAUCGUCAGCCUUCGAGUUUCCCGACGUUCUACGGUCGUAUUUUGGUUUGGUCAUCUUUACUUUAGUGCUCUUUUGGGCUUUGUAGUUUGAUUCUUGUACUCUGUUAUAUUCAUGCAUAUUUCGCAUGCUCCCUUUGUUGUACUUUAUUAUUAUACUCGCGUUUAUUUGCGUGCUCUCUCAGUUUGUUAUAUCCGCAUUUUUCGCGUGCUCCCUUUGUUGUAAUUUAUUAUUACACUCGCGUUUAUUGGCGUGCUCUCUCAGUUUGUUAAACCCGCAUUUUUGGCGUGCUCCCUUUGUUGUACUUAUUAAACACAAACUUUAGCUUUACCUGAUCUCUUGGUCUGUUUUUGGGAUUCACAUCAACGGCUUGCCGUUCUUGACACUUUUACUUGGUACCAGCUAAAUAUUAUUCAAAAAAUAACGAUGGUGGAAGAUAGGGAAGUCACAAACAUCUUGAAUUUGAAACUAUGUCGUACUACGUCGUAUGUUGUCGGCGAUUAGCCUAGCAAUGAUCUUAAUUGUGGUUGUCAGGCCAAAACCCUCUAAAUAUAUAUUAAAUGCAUCUUACCGGAUAUAAAAUGACUACUACAUAGUCUGUGGUGAUUUUUUGGCGUCCAAUUUUCACGUCGAAUUGCAGCCGUCCAUUUCGCUCUUCUAUUUGGAUCCCUCGGAAUAUGGUAAAAUUUCAAGUCUCUCCUUCCAUCUUCUCUGUUAGUGCAACCAACAGCCACACACGCCUUCACCAUUUUGAUUAUUAAUGUUAAGGAGCAGAAAAACACGCCGUAAAUAGGAGAAAUGUACGUAGCCGUAAUAGGUUAACACUAUGUUUUGACGGACAAGUGGGCGGAACCCUACGCGAACACGUGGUACGUGGGUAGACUCUAUAGGAAAGGUGGUAUAAAAAAAUGGAUGGAUGCAGACUAUAAUCCUCGUGUGCGUAUGCUGGCAUACUGUAUUUUGUCCGUUGUCCCGGUAAAAUGGUAGAAAAUCCACUAGGGAGAGCGCUUACCCGUAUGUUUUCAUUGCUUGUUGCAUCUUGAAAUGUGGUUAAUGAGAGCAGUGAGAGUGAACUAAAGUUUAAU